CCCACCCCUCCGGCCUGCGGCCGCCGCCCCGUCCAGUGCUCACCGGGGCCGCUCUGUUUUAUCCGAGUCGUCGAAAGAGACGUCGCGAAGAAGAGACUCAGCUAGAAGAGUGCACGCGCCUGUCCGAGUGUCUCGUGCUGGGCUCGGCCCGGGGCGGCCCUGGGAGUGGAGUGGACUUCCCCGACGAGUAGUUGAUCAGCGCCGCAGCGUCCGCGGCAGACUCCGCAAGCAGACGCGGGGGACACCGGGCCCGGUGAUCGCGUCGGGAAAACUUAUCUGCGAUCCCCUACCUGGUGGAGUGACAAAUGCGAACCUGUGCGACCUGUCCUCGACCCCGACAGUGAAGACCGCACCGUCGCACCGAGUCAGUGCAGUGCCGGCAGCAGAGAGCAGUUCAGACAUGACCGUCUUUAACCUAACUUUCUGCUGCCUCCUAGCCGCACUGGUCCUAUCAGCUGCCGCAGUGCCCGACAAAGUCGUAUUUUCCUUCCCCGAAUUUCCUUACAAGGAGACAAGUAAAAACGAAAUGGCCUUUCACGAGUACGAGUCGGCCUGUGAGCAGAGCCCGAGCUGCAGUCAGAUGGUGUCAAUCAGCAGAGUCCGCUGCGUCAGGGAGUGCGUCUCCCCCUCCUGCUACUCGGAGAUCUACCAGUCCGACCAGUUGGAGGAGGGGGAGAUCGACGUGCGUCUCAACUCGUUCAAGGGUUGCUUUGUUCAGCGGGUGCACCGGCAGCGGCCGUGACCGACGCCCACGACCAGGCGCGGCCCUGGGACUGGGGCCACGAAGCACUAAAGCACGAGUUCGUUUGACGUUACAGGGUUACACUGAGCUACAUGCGCUAGCGCAGAUGACAUAAGCUUAUUAUUUGGUUUAAAGUGUCACGCGAUGAUUGAGAUUGUGUCGUCGCGGACGACGCUAUUUGUGAUGAUGAAUCUGUUUGUUGUUAUAUAUACUUAUUGUUACAUUAGUUGCUCGUCAAUAGCUGAUAACGCCGUGAUAAGGAAUGCGGUGCCAAUAACGGUGCCAAACGUCCGGGCUUCCUCCUCGUUAGCUUAGUGUAGGGCCGCCGGGCCAUGGCCAGGCCACUGCGGACAUUCCUGAUGUAUGCACAAGUAAUCCGGCAGGGUCGGGGAAGGGAAGGAGGCGAUGGGUCGAUGGCUGCCCGCUCGCUCUGCUCCGCUCUGCUCCGCUCCCUCCCCGCAAAGGAGGCACGUCGACCGGAAGACGGACAAAAAGUUCUAAGCAGGCUUGGGGAGCUUCCCCCGCAGGUCAAGCGGGCUCGAGGAGAACGACGCGGGCAGGGGGAAGAGAGAAGGUUCUGGGGCCGGUAUUCGAACACGGGAACGAGCAGGCCUGCCUGAUAGGAUUACUUGCGAGUGCGGAGCUGGCCAAAAUUCCAUAUUGAAAUGAGGCCUUUCACGUACGUAAUCUGUGCCGUUCGUUGGUAAUUGGGUACUUAGAAAUAAGAUUAUCUGUGAUGAAAGUUAAGCGUCAGUAUUAUUUUGUCUGAACUUAAGAAUUCUGUAGUUUUCGUGUGAUGUGGAACAAUGAUACUUGAUUUGUUGUGAUGUAUCAAUUAUAAUAGUUUUAGAAUAGGAAAACUUGCAUCGUUUUGAUUUGUUAAUGUCAACCCGUGUGUGUACUGAAUUAAAUUUGGAAGACUUCCUACGGUAAAAUUUGAUUAAAAUGUAAAUAAGCAAUAAUUUCUUGAUCACUGUUCAGUAGCUAUCUCUUCGACAGUUUGAUGUAGGCUGGUCGGAAGAUUCGCCGUAACUCUUAGCAACUACAACAUUUUAAAACAAUGUUUCUAGAAUGUUUCAAUUACAUAUACUAAAUACUGAGUUAAA